ACCAAAAAGUUGUUGAAAAGGAGAGGAAAUAAUAAUAACAAUAAAAAAAUAGUUUAACUUCCGCUGGAAAUCGAACUGGAGAAACCGAGCAACUGGUAGCCACAAAUCAGUUCCUCUCGAUUUUGAUCAGAUCUGAUUGGGAUUGUUUUCGUUGAGUCAUCCGCUCUGAGAAUUUCUGAUUGCGAACAGAGAAUUCUCCUCCACCGGUCUUGUUUCGAAUUAGGUCGUCGGAGUUUUCUGUUUCUCGCUCGCGACGCCGCCGGAGAAGGUUUUAAGAAUUUAAACUGACAUGUCAGACGCUCUUUCAGCGAUUCCGGCCGCUGUUCACCGCAAUCUCUCCGAUAAACUCUACGAGAAGCGCAAAAACGCCGCCCUUGAUCUUGAGAACGCUGUGAAGGCUUUAAUUACUUCGGGUGACCAUGACAAGAUCUCCAAAGUCAUCAACCUGUUGAUUAAGGACUUUGCUAAAUCCCCUCAAGCCAAUCAUCGAAAGGGUGGACUAAUUGGCUUAGCUGCUGUAACUGUUGGUUUGUCUUCAGAAGCUGCUCAAUAUCUUGAGCAAAUAGUGCCACCUGUGAUUCGCGCCUUUUUUGAUCAAGAUAGCCGAGUUCGCUACUAUGCAUGCGAAGCUCUCUACAACAUUGCAAAGGUUGUGAGAGGGGAGUUCAUUUUUUUCUUCAAUGAUAUUUUCGAUGCUUUAUGCAAACUCUCAGCUGAUUCUGAUGCCAAUGUCCAAAGUGCUGCUCAUCUUUUAGACCGCCUUGUUAAGGAUAUUGUGACGGAAAGUGAUCAGUUCAGUAUUGAGGAAUUCAUACCUCUGUUAAAAGAACGCAUGAACGUUUUAAACCCUUAUGUUCGACAAUUUCUGGUAGGAUGGAUCACUGUUCUCGACAGUGUUCCCGAUAUUGAUAUGCUCGGCUUUCUGCCAGACUUUCUUGAUGGGUUGUUCAAUAUGUUGAGCGACUCUAGUCAUGAAAUACGACAGCAGGCUGAUUCGGCUCUUUCAGAGUUUCUUCAAGAGAUAAAGAAUUCGCCUUCUGUAGAUUAUGGUCGCAUGGCUGAAAUACUGGUGCAGAGGGCUUCUUCCCCUGAUGAAUUCACUCGGUUAACAGCCAUCACGUGGAUAAACGAGUUUGUAAAACUCGGGGGUGACCAGCUCGUGCGUUACUAUGCUGAUAUUCUUGGAGCUAUCUUACCUUGCAUAUCUGACAAAGAAGAAAAAAUCAGGGUGGUUGCUCGUGAAACUAAUGAAGAACUUCGUUCAAUCCAUGUUGAACCCUCCGAUGGGUUUGAUGUUGGUGCAAUUCUCUCUGUAGCAAGGAGGCAGCUAUCAAGCGAUCAUGAGGCUACUCGAAUUGAAGCAUUGAAUUGGAUAUCAACACUUUUAAACAAGCAUCGUACUGAGGUUUUGUGCUUCCUAAAUGACAUAUUUGACACACUACUAAAAGCACUGUCUGAUUCUUCUGAUGACGUGGUGCUCUUGGUUCUGGAGGUUCAUGCUGGUGUAGCAAAAGAUCCACAGUACUUUCGCCAGCUCAUUGUCUUUCUAGUCCACAAUUUUCGAGCUGAUAAUUCUCUAUUGGAAAGGCGUGGUGCUCUUAUUGUCCGGAGAUUGUGUGUACUUUUGGAUGCUGAAAGAGUUUAUCGAGAGCUCUCAACUAUACUCGAGGGAGAGGAUAAUCUUGAUUUUGCUUCAACCAUGGUUCAGGCGUUGAAUUUGAUUUUGCUUACAUCCCCGGAGUUAGCAAAACUAAGAGAUCUAUUAAAAGGUUCGCUCGUCAGUCGCGAAGGGAAAGAACUUUUUGUUGCAUUGUACGCAUCAUGGUGCCACUCACCUAUGGCGAUUAUAAGUCUCUGCUUAUUAGCUCAGGCUUACCAGCACGCGAGUGUUGUGAUUCAAUCAUUGGUAGAAGAAGACAUAAACGUCAAGUUUCUCGUACAGCUCGAUAAAUUGAUCCGGCUUCUCGAAACUCCAAUCUUUACUUACCUUAGAUUGCAGCUUCUGGAACCAGGAAGAUACACAUGGUUGCUGAAAACACUUUACGGUCUUCUAAUGUUACUUCCACAGCAAAGUGCGGCGUUUAAGAUACUUCGGACAAGGCUCAAAACUGUCCCAACAUACUCAUUCAGUGGCGGAGGCCAAAUAAGCAGAGCAUCUUCAGGAGUUCCUUUCUCGCAGUAUAUUCAUCACCGCGAGGACGGUGGCGCGGAAGACAAUAACAUCAACAAUUCUCACCAAGGAAUCAAUUUUGCUGCACGGCUGCAACAGUUUGAGAACGUACAGAAUCAGCAUCGUCGCCAGACAAGGAAUAAAGUGAACGACUCGUAUAACACUUCAUUUUCUUCUGCAUCAAAGGAGGUGAGGAGAUCUGAAGAACAACAGCAACAACAACAGCAUAAACCGCCACCUUCCUCGACAUCAUUAUCAGUUGCAGACAACAAUCGACCUCCAUCAAGAUCCUCAAGGAAAGCCCCGGGUCAAUUACAGCUUUAGCCUCCUUGGUAUGGUAAUGAUACAUAAUAAUAAUAUCCAUCCCCGGCAUCAUUAUCAGUAGUGCUCUUUUGGACACCACCGAUCCCUUUUGUCUCCUGUAAAAUUGUAUAUCUUUUUAUAGUAACUCUUCAAGUUUUGUCGGAACUUGUGGGAAAGCUACGGUCGUGUCCAUCCUCUCUAUCGUCUCUCUCUCUCGCUGUUUUUAUUUUAUUUUAUGAGAGAUUCUUUAGCCUACCUUUUUUUUCUUGAAUUUGUUUCAUUGUUGUUCUUUCUUUCCUAAGGGAGAUUUUUUUUGUGGAUGUAAGAAAAAGAAGUCAUCAUGUGGUUUUACGUUGUUUUUUCUUUAACUGGGAAACCACAUGAGGAAAAUGGUGUAGAGAUUACUUUUUGGAUAUUUAUUUUGAGUGAUAUGCUCCUUUUGAUUUUAAAAA